AUGGUUAGGAAGAGGAGAACCAAUGGACCUGGUGGUGAAAGCUCUGAUGGUCAACACCCUGCGGAGAGGAGUGUCCCCCCUCAACCACAGGCUGCUGCAUCUGGAGGGGGAGGACCCCAAGGAGGGCGAGGCUGGGGUCCCCAAGGUGGACGUGGGGGUUAUGGAGGUGGGCGCGGUGGUCGUGGGAUGCCCCAACAACAAUAUGGUGCCCCUCCUGAGUAUCAAGGAAGAGGUAGGGGAGGACAGUAUGGUGCCCCCUCUGAUUAUCAAGGAAGGGGUAGAGGAGGACCUCCCCAGCCCCAACAGCAGUAUGGUGCCCCCUCUGAUUAUCAAGGCAGAGGCAGGGGAGGACCUCCCCAGCCCCAACAGCAGUAUGGUGCCCCCUCUGAUUAUCAAGGCAGAGGCAGGGGAGGACCUCCCCAGCCCCAACAGCAGUAUGGUGGCCCACCUGAGUAUCAAGGCAGAGGCAGGGGAGGGCCUUCUCAGCAAGGAGGUCGUGGAUAUGGCGGUGGCCGAGGUGGAUAUGGUGGUGGCCAUGAUACAGUUCCUUCUUAUGGAGGCCCCGCCAGGCCACCAGCACCCGAGCUGCACCAAGCUACCUCAGUUCCUUCUGUGCCAUAUCCAGUUGCGGUGUCUCCUCCACCUGCACCGAGUGAGGCAAGUUCAUCUUCGCAUCCACUACAAGUGUCUGAAGUGGAACAGGAUCUGGGACAGAUGACAAUUCAUUCUGAAGAGACUCCCGCACCUCCGCCUGCAAGUAAAUCAUCACUGAGGUUUCCCCUUCGACCUGGAAUAGGGAAAAAUGGUAAGAAAUGUGUUGUUAGGGCGAACCACUUCUUUGCUGAGUUGCCAAAGAAAGACCUGCAUCAGUAUGAUGUGACAAUUACUCCGGAAGUGACUUCUAGAGGUGUGAACCGUGCUGUUAUGGCGCAGCUUGUGAGAUUGUAUCGGGAUUCUCACCUGGGAAAGAGACUUCCGGCUUAUGAUGGCCGUAAGAGCCUCUAUACUGCAGGUCCACUUCCUUUUAUAUCAAAGGACUUUAGAAUCACCCUGGUUGAUGAAGAUGACGGAUCAGCAGGGAAGAGGCGGGACAGGGAGUUUAAAGUUGUUAUUAAACUUGCUUCACGUGCUGACCUUCACCACCUGGGUCUCUUUUUGGAGGGGAGGCAAACUGAUGCGCCUCAGGAAGCUCUGCAGGUUCUUGACAUUGUUCUCCGGGAGCUUCCUACUAGCAGGUAUUGUCCAGUGGGAAGAUCAUUUUAUUCCCCUCAUCUAGGUAGAAGGCACCCUUUAGGUGAGGGGUUGGAAAGUUGGCGAGGAUUUUAUCAAAGUAUUCGUCCUACUCAAAUGGGACUGUCUCUGAACAUUGAUAUGUCUUCAACUGCAUUUAUUGAGCCACUUCCUGUGAUAGAUUUCGUUUCCCACUUGCUGAGUAGGGAAGUCUCAUCCAGGCCUCUGUCUGAUGCUGAACGGGUUAAGAUAAAAAAAGCACUCCGUGGUAUCAAAGUUGAAGUAACACAUCGUGGCAACAUGAGGAGAAAAUAUCGUAUUUCUGGUUUGACUACACAAGCUACCAGAGAGCUGACAUUCCCUGUGGAUGAGAUGGGGACUAUGAAGUCUGUUGUGGAGUAUUUCUUUGAGACAUAUGGUUUUGUCAUUCAACAUCCUCAUUUGCCUUGUUUGCAAGUGGGCAACCCUCAGAGACCAAACUACCUUCCAAUCGAGGUCUGCAAAAUUGUCGAGGGGCAAAGGUACUCAAAACGAUUGAAUGAGCGACAAAUUACCGCCCUGCUCAAAGUCACGUGCCAACGUCCACUAGAUAGGGAACGUGACAUCGCGCAGACAGUACAACAUAAUGCCUAUCAUGAAGAUCCUUAUGCUAAAGAGUUUGGAAUCAAAAUCAGUGAUAGGCUCGCUCAAGUUGAAGCUCGCAUCCUUCCUGCGCCAUGGCUCAAAUAUCACGAUACGGGUAGAGAAAAGGAUUGUCUACCCCAAGUUGGACAAUGGAAUAUGAUGAAUAAGAAAAUGGUCAAUGGGGGAACAGUUAACAAUUGGUUCUGCAUAAACUUUUCUAGGAAUGUGCCAGACAAACUUGCACGUGACUUUUGUCAUGAACUUGCCAAGAUGUGUCAGAUAUCUGGCAUGGCAUUUAACCCUGAUCCAGUAGUUCCUCCACUUAGUACUCGUCCUGACCAAGUAGAGAAGGUUCUCAAAACGCGUUAUCAUGAUGUCAAGACCAAGCUGCGGGGAAAGGAACCCGACUUGCUCAUUGUCAUUUUGCCUGAUAAUAAUGGUUCUCUUUAUGGUGACCUCAAGCGUAUUUGUGAGACUGACCUGGGGGUUGUUUCCCAGUGUUGUUUGACUAAACAUGUUUUUAAGAUGAGCAAGCAGUACCUUGCAAAUGUUUCAUUGAAAAUUAAUGUUAAAGUUGGGGGUAGGAAUACCGUGCUUGUUGAUGCACUUUCACAUAGCAUUCCUAUAGUCGGUGAAAAACCUACUAUCAUUUUUGGAGCUGAUGUGACUCAUCCUCACCCUGGCGAGGAUUCAAGUCCAUCAAUAGCAGCUGUUGUUGCUUCUCAAGAUUGGCCAGAAAUCACCAAGUAUGCUGGUUUGGUUUGUGCCCAAGCACAUCGGCAAGAAUUGAUUCAAGACCUUUUCAAACAAUGGCAAGAUCCAGUCAGAGGAACAGUGACUGGUGGAAUGAUCAAGGAACUUCUUAUAUCAUUCCGCAGAGAAACUGGUCGAAGACCCCAGCGCAUCAUAUUUUACAGAGAUGGAGUUAGCGAAGGGCAAUUUUACCAAGUCCUGCUAUUUGAGCUUGAUGCAAUCCGGAAGGCUUGUGCUUCACUUGAACCCAACUAUCUGCCUACUGUGACUUUUGUGGUGGUUCAGAAACGUCAUCAUACUAGGCUCUUUGCCAAUGACUCCCGUGACAAGAGUUCUGUUGAUCGCAGUGGCAAUAUAUUACCUGGAACUGUUGUGGAUUCUAAGAUCUGCCAUCCGACUGAGUUUGACUUUUAUCUUUGUAGUCAUGCCGGAAUACAGGGUACUAGCCGUCCAGCUCAUUAUCAUGUUUUGUGGGAUGAAAAUGAAUUUACUGCUGAUGAAUUGCAAAGUUUAAGUAAUAACUUGUGCUACACAUAUGCUAGAUGCACCCGUUCUGUUUCAAUUGUGCCCCCUGCAUAUUAUGCUCAUUUGGCUGCAUUCCGGGCAAGGUUCUAUAUGGAACCCGAGAUUUCUGAUGGCGGAUCUAUGCCAAGCGGAGCGGUUUCUCGUGGUGGAAUGGCAGCUGCUGCUGGGCGUAGUUCACGUGCGCCGGGUGCUGCUUUUAGACCCCUGCCUGAAUUGAAGGAGAAUGUCAAGAGGGUCAUGUUUUAUUGCUGA